GGAGCGGGCGCUACCCGAGGGGCUCGGCUGAGGUGCAACAUGGCGGCGCGGGAGGGUUGCUGAGCGGUCGAGUGGCCGUGUCGGCGGGGCAAGCGGCCGGAGAGGAAGCCGUAGAGAGGUAGCGAGGGGACGGCGAAGCCAGCCGGUGAGGCCGGGUGGUAAAAAGCGGAGGAAAGUGGCGGGGCCGCCUCGGGCCCCCGGGCGGCGGUGGAGGCGAUGGCCCAGUGCGUGCAGUCGGUGCAGGAGUUCAUCCAGGACUCGUUCGUGCCCUUGGUAGCCGCGCUGUGCAGCGAGGAGGCGGAGAGGCUCACCCGCAAGAACAACCUGAGUUUUGCCGAGCUGGUGAAGCCCUUCUGCCGCCUCACCUCGGAAGUGCACAUGAGAGAUCCUAAUAAUCAGCUUCACAUAAUUAAAAAUUUGAAGAUUGCUGUCAACAACAUCAUUACUCACCCACCUCAGCCUGGUGCCAUUCGAAAACUUCUGAACGAUGUUGUGUCUGUCAGUCAGCCUGCUGAAGGACUCGUAGCUAAUGUCAUCACAGCUGGAGAUUAUGAUCUCAACAUUAGUGAUCGCUCAGUUAAAGCUAGUGUUCCUUGGUACAGUAAUUGGAAAGAGACACUGAUGGAACUGAACACAUCCGCGUUUUAUUCAGCUACUACUCCUUGGUUUGAGUCUUACAGAGAGUGCUUCCUUCAGUCCAUGCUUGCAUCAGACCAUGAAUUCUUAAACCACUAUGUUGCUUGUAUGCUUGUAGUUUCUUCUAGUGAACCAGAGCCUGUGGAGCAAUUUUUGAAGCUGUCUCAAGAGCAACACAGAAUUCAGCACAGUAGUGAAUACUUAUAUCCCAAGUGGUUCAUACCAAACACUCUCAAGUACUAUGUGUUACUGCAUGAUGUAAGUUCAGGAGAAGAACAAAGAGCUGACUCCAUUUAUGAAGAAAUGAAGCAGAGGUAUGGAACUCAGGGUUGCUAUUUGCUGAAAAUAAAUUCUCGGGUGUCUAAUAGAGGAACAGAUGAGCAGAUACCAGAUCCUUGGAGUCAGUACCUUCAGAAAAACAGUAUCCAGAACCAGGAUUUCUAUGAUGAUUGUCCUUAUAAUGUCAUUUCAAACAAGAAUACUGAUCACUUGAUAUCUGAUGGCCUAGAGAGUGAAAUUAAAGAUGGCCUGUCGAAUAACUUUAAGACUCAUCCCCUUCAACUGGACCAUCCCAGCAGCAGUUUGGAUACAACUGAUUACAUGAAAGCUUCUGCAUCAGUGCAAGACUCAAAGAAAUCAAAUUCUGGAACACCACAUGGUGCUUGUUUAACACUCACAGAUCAUGAUCGGAUUCGACAGUUCAUACAGGAAUUCACCUUUAGGGGGCUUUUGCCACAUAUAGAGAAGACAAUUCGGCAACUUAAUGAUCAGUUAAUAUCCAGGAAGGGCUUGAGUCGAUCACUGUUUUCUGCUACUAAAAAAUGGUUUAGCGGCAGCAAGGUUCCAGAGAAAAGUAUAAAUGAACUGAAGAAUACUUCUGGUUUGCUGUAUCCACCAGAAGCACCAGAGCUUCAAAUCCGGAAAAUGGCAGACUUGUGCUUUUUGGUGCAACACUAUGAACUUGCAUAUAGCUGUUACCAUACAGCAAAGAAAGACUUCUUAAAUGAUCAGGCAAUGCUUUAUGCAGCUGGAGCACUGGAAAUGGCAGCAGUAUCAGCUUUUCUACAGCCUGGAGCUCCUAGACCAUAUCCUGCUCAUUAUAUGGAAACAGCAAUUCAAACCUAUCGAGAUAUCUGCAAGAACAUGGUUCUGGCUGAACGCUGUGUGCUACUUAGUGCUGAAAUCUUAAAAAGUCAAAGCAAAUACUCAGAGGCAGCUGCUCUUCUGAUUCGUUUAACCAGCGAGGAUUCAGAUCUCCGCAGCGCGCUUCUGUUGGAGCAGGCAGCCCAUUGCUUUAUAAACAUGAAAAGUCCCAUGGUUAGAAAGUUUGCGUUUCAUAUGAUAUUGGCUGGCCAUAGGUUUAGUAAAGCAGGCCAGAAGAAACAUGCUUUACGUUGCUAUUGUCAAGCCAUGCAGGUUUACAAAGGGAAGGGCUGGUCCCUUGCAGAAGAUCACAUUAACUUCACUAUUGGUCGCCAGUCCUUUACACUUCGUCAGCUUGACAAUGCUGUGUCUGCCUUCAGGCAUAUUUUGAUCAAUGAUAGUAAACAACCUCCAGCCCAGCAAGGAGCUUUUUUACGAGAAUAUCUUUAUGUUUAUAAGAAUGUAACCCAACUGUCACCUGAUGGUCCCUUACCCCAGCUUCCUUUGCCAUAUAUUAACAGCUCAGCAACCCGUGUUUUCUUUGGGCAUGAUCGAAGACCAGCAGAAGGUGAAAAGCAGGCAGCUACACACGUGAGUCUGGAUCAGGAAUAUGACUCAGAAUCAUCUCAACAGUGGAAGGAACUUGAAGAGCAGGUUGUUUCUGUGAUAAAUAAAGGAGUAAUACCUUCAAACUUCCAGCCAACACAGUUCUGCUUAAAUCGCUACUCAGAUAACUCCAAAUUUCCACUUGCUGUUAUAGAAGAACCAAUAACUGUAGAAGUGUCCUUCCGAAAUCCUCUGAAAGUUCCACUUCUUUUGACUGACCUUUCAUUGCUGUGGAAGUUUCAAGCUAAAGACUUAAAUGUACAGCAUGGUGGAGAAACAAAAGAACUGGGAACAUGUGAUGAUGACAUGAUAGGAACUGAAGCAAUAUCCGAAUUUUUAAUUAAUAGUGAGGAGACAAAAGUGGCAAGACUAAAGCUCUUUCCCCAUCAAACAGGGGAGCUACAUAUUCUGGGAGUCGUUUAUAAUCUUGGCACUGUUCAGGGUGCUGUGACAUUAGAUGGGAUAGACCCUUCUAUUGGAUUACAGACAGGAAAGUUUGUUUCCAAUGGUUUAUCUGUACGAGGACGGCAAGAUUUAGAAAUCCAGGGGCCUCGGCUCAAUAACACUAAAGAGGAAAAAACAUCCAUUAAAUAUGGACCUGAUCGACGUUUAGAUCCCAUUAUUACAGAAGAAAUGCCUUUGUUGGAGGUGUUCUUUAUAAAUUUUCCUACAGGGCUUCUCUGUGGAGAAAUCAGAAAAGCAUAUGUAGAAUUUGUGAAUGUAAGCAAGUGUCCCCUUACUGCACUGAAGGUUGUGUCCAAGCAUCCGGAAUUUUUUACUUUUGGUGGAAAUACUGCUGUUCUAACACCACUAAGUCCUUCAGCUUCUGAAAACUGUAGCGCUUACAAGACUGUUGUGACAGAUCCUACCUCUGUGCGUACAGCACUGUUAUCUUCAGCUUCUUCUGUGGACUUUGGGGUUGGCACAGGAGGUCAGCCUGAAGUAAUACAUGUCCCCCUUCCUGAUGCUGUUCUUCUUCCUGGGGCUUCAGUGCAGCUGCCUAUGUGGUUACGGGGACCAGAUGAAGAAGGUGUUCAUGAAAUUAACUUUUUGUUUUACUAUGAAAGUAUUAAAAAACACUCAAAAAUGUGCCAUAGAGUAUUAAGGCACACUGCAGUUAUUUGUACCAGUCGAUCUCUUCAUAUUCGAGCUACUGUCUGCAGAAGUAAUGCACUUGAAGAUGAAGAAGGCAGAGGAGACAAUAUGUUGGUGUUCGUGGAUGUAGAAAAUAUCAAUACUAGUGAGACUGGUGUUAAAGAAUUUCAUAUUGUGCAAGUUUCAAGUAAUAGCAAGCACUGGAAGCUUCAGAAAUCUGUGAACAUCUCUGAAGAUAAAGAUACUAAGCUUGCUAGCAGAGAGAGAGCAAAGUUAUGCUUUAAAGCAGUAAGAUGCAAAAACACAGAAGGAAAUUACACAUUUGCAGACAUUGUCUUUGGAAACGAACAGAUAAUAAGUUCAGCCAGUCCUUGUGCAGACUUUUUUUUUCAAAGCUUGUCCUCUGAAAUUAAAAGAACUCAUGUGCAGUCUCAUGCUUAUGCAUCUCAAAGGGCUGUGAAACAAUCAUUUGAUGAGACGGUGAGAUUGAUACAAAGAUGCAGUGAAGUCGAUUUGAACAUUGUUGUACUGUGGAAGGCAUAUGUUGUGGAAGACAACAAGCAGCUUAUUUUGGAGGGCCAGCAUCAUGUUGCUCUUCAUACAGUUGGGAAGGAGGCAUUUUCAUUUCCUCAGAAGCAGGGUUUAAAAAAAAUACUCGGGAAUUCUGAUUGGGAGGACUUGGAACAGGAAUUACCAGAAACAGUUCUCUUGAAGUUUUUUCGACCAGAAAGCACACCAGUACCUGCAAGACCAACGCCAGAGCAGCUUUCUAAUCUUAUCAAGACAAGUCUGCGUUAUCCAGAGUCUUUCAAUCAUUCUUUCCAUCAAAAAAGCCUCUGUCUGGUACCUGUCACUCUUCUACUUUCCAAUUGUUCUCAGGCUGUUGUAGAUGUGAUGAUUGAUUUGCGGCAUAAAACAACAAGCCCAGAAGCACUAGAAAUCCAUGGAUCUUUCACGUGGCUUGGGCAAACCCAGUACAAGCUUCAACUUAAAAGCCAGGAGGUCUGUAGCUUGCAGCUGAAAGCUUGCUUCGUUCAUACAGGUGUCUAUAAUCUUGGAACCCCCAGAGUGUUUGCCAAGCUAGCGGACCAAGUAACUUUGUUUGAAACGAGUCAGCAGAACUCCAUGCCUGCACUGAUUAUUAUUAAUAAUAUCUGACCACUUCCUGGAAAAAAUAAAAAUCACACUAAAAGACAAAAUAAAUAGGAUUCUUUUCUUAUAUUGCUGGUUGACGUUUUGCUGCAGUUUUUGGAAAUAGCACCUCAGACAUCUAACUUGUACUAAAGAUUGUGUAGAAAAGAAAAUAGCAAAAUAUUCAGACAACUUGUCAGUUUGUUUCUCAAUGCAACGCACGUUGGACUGAAAUUACGUUUAUCCUUUUAUAAUGUAUUUCUUCUCUGGUAAUUAUGAUAUUCAUAACACAAAAUACUCUCUAACUCCAGAUCUGAACAUAUUUGUAUGUCCUAUGCCCUGUCAAAAAUGCAGCUUGACUGCUGUUACAACUUCCAGCAUGGCGUGUUUAAUAUUUGUGGCUGUAUUAGGAUAUGGUUCGGGAAGAAACUCUCAUUGGCUUUUUUCCUGUCUGAAGCCCAUUAGUCAUGAUAAAUUCCAAUGUUACUGUGAAAUUCAAUAAGGUCUCUCAAAUCCAUUUCUGUUUCCCAUUUCUUUAGUUUAAAAUUUUAUUUUGAGUUUUCAUGUUUAUGGGAACUGGUGACCUUUCGAGGUUUACGUACAAGUCCCACCUAAGGUGUUUAAAAAAAAAAAAGCUUCUUCACCCAGUUUGAGUAUUUCCUCAUUCAUCUCAACACAGAAUGCACUAUUUCCAGAACCAUGAGAUUGUCAUAUAAAUUGUCACUUCCUUUAUUAUGUAACUAUAACAAUUGAUCUGUUUUAAAAAAAAUCUACUCAAGAUUUUCAAGAAAUGUAUUAUAUUUAUAACAAAUGUACUGUAAAUAGAAUAAAACAUACACCAUAUUCGCUGUA